AUGAAAUCAGAAUUCAGUCAUUUGUGGAGUGUGAAGAGACUACCAAAGACUGCAAGUGCAACCAUUAUUUAUCAAGAUGUUUUAGCAAGCAGAAAACUUUUAGCAAUUUCAGUUCAUGAAAUUAUCAACAAAGUUUUCCCCAAACAUGGAACAUCGAAUGAUUUGUUUUAUUCUAUCAAUGAUUUCAUAAUAAAAGAUUUCAUUGAAGAACUUUUUGCUAUUCACCCACGUCUAAUAUUUCGACAUGGAAAUUUCACAUUUCUUCCGAAGGAUCUCACAAGAUGCGUCGUUCUUGUGAUAAAAUCUUUCAACGAGUUUUUGGAGUUUUAUUCUUCAAUACCGUCGACAAGUAUUAAAUCGAAUGGAUUUUAUCUCAUUGUGUUUGUAAACGGAAGGAUUAAAGAAAUUGGAGAAAUCUUUAAAAUUCUUUGGAAAAUUGACUUCUUCAAUGUGAACGUCAUGUUUGCCGAUAAAGAUGAGCUCAUUAAAGUGGAAACUUUCAUUCCAUUUACUGAAGGCAAUUGCAAUAACACAACACCAAAGUUAAUUAAUGAAUUUGUUAAUGGAACAUUCAAUCAAGGCAUUGACGAAUUCUUUCCAAAAAAAUUCAAGGAUUUAAAAGGUUGUUUCUUGCGGUUUACGUUGCCAAAUGAUUCCGAGCCAUUCAUAAUUCCAAAAGUUUUUAUUAAUGGAACUUACAACACAUUUGAAGGCUCCGAAAUGAUGCUUGGAAAAGUUUUGGCUGAAGCUUUAAACUUUCAAAUUAAUAUCACAUAUGCUGGGUUUUUUGGAUAUGUUUUAGACAACGGAACUGCUGUUGGACCUUUAAAGGAACUUCUUGAGGGAAGAGCUGAUAUUACUGUAGGUGCUUGGUGGCUUAAACUAAACAGGAUAAAAGUCUUAGACAUGACUUCUUCACAUAUGAGUGAAACGUUGAUUAUAAUCAUUCCACCAGGACAACAAUUAACUCCGUUUGAAAAGUUAAUCUUUCCAUUCACCUUACCAUCAUGGAUACUUAUAAUCGUCAGUUACUUCUGUGGUUUCAUGGUUGUCAUCUUAGCUAAAUUUCGAAAUAAAUCAGUCAGAAAUUUUAUAGUCGGAAGUAAUAUUAAAAAUCCUGUUUUAAACUUCUAUGCUGCUUGUUUAGGUGUAUCAAAUCACGUUUUACCCAAAAGAAAUUUUGCGAGAUUUUACCUUAUGAUGUUUAUGAUUUCUUCUUUAAUCAUUCGAACUUUGUACGAAGCUUCGUUUUUCCUUCUCAUACAUUCCAACAAACACCAUAAAGAAAUGCAAUCGAUUGACGAAUUAAUCGCUGAAGAUUAUCAUUUUUAUAUGCGAACUGGAACAUUUGAUUUCGCGAAAACAAUGAAGAAGCUUGAAGGCAGGAGUUCAAUUUCUGAAUACGAACAUGAAGAAGAAUCGAUUAAAAGAAUUCGAGAAGAUCCAAACUUUAAAGGAGUUUUCAUCCACAGUCAGAUUGAAGUUCUUUAUAAAUACAAGAAAAGACCAAGUGAAGCUCAACCAACGUUUUGUAAAGAACUUUUCCUCUCAAACUUACCAACUGUAGCUUACACCAGAAAGAAUUUCUUUCUUAUCGAUUCAUUAAAUGAGAAAAUUGAGCUUUUGGGUGCUGCGGGAAUAAUUUAUUACUGGAAUCGUGAAACUAAAAAGAAUCCAAUGGAAAAUGCCGAAGUUAACGUAGCUUUGAACAUUUAUCAUUUUCUUGGAUGUUUUCAAUUGCUGUUAUUUGGAUUUCUUUUGAGUUUCUUAACAUUUCUUAAAGAAAAAUUUACAAAUAGAUGCAAAUAG